UGUCGCCGGCUUUAUCGAGAUCGGUACCGCUCGCUUCCCGUUCGCUCUCCGUCGGGACGGAUUUGCGUGGAGAUUUGGGCGAAAUUUUUUUGACCUCCAGAUCUUCGAUCCGCCCAUUCGUUUGCUGGAAUCGCCGGCCGCCGAUCGUGAGAACCGGUGCUUGGAUCUCUCGUGUCGGUGAGAUCUUCUAGGAUUCCUAUUUGGUGGUCGAAGGCUGGUGAUUUGAUUGUUUUCAAUCGGAGUUGUGGGCGAUUGGAUAUUUGCAUCGAUUUGGUGGGCUGUAGGGAAUAGUGCUUUUUUGGUUGGAUCCUUUGGUUAGAGGAUUUGGUACCCGAUGACUCGGAUUCCUUGUAAUGUAGGUUUUUGGGACCUGGAAUAACGAAUUCUGGGGUGUUUAGAUUGGCGGAUUAGAUAUUUCUGGUUGUAUUUCGUCGCGGAGGUGAGUUGUAGGGGGAUUACUGGCGAUUUCCGGAAAGAGAAGGAGGAUUUUCUUUUAUAACUUCAGUGAUUAGGAGAAUUCUUUUCUGAGUUUAUUAUUCUGGGUCAAUUUGGCUUGGAUCUUCAACUAUGGAGCACGUGGUGGCCGGAAAAUUUAAGCUUGGCAAAAAGAUUGGUAGUGGUUCUUUUGGAGAGCUUUAUCUCGGUGUCAACAUACAAAGCGGAGAGGAAGUGGCGGUAAAGCUUGAGUCUGUGAAGGCAAAGCAUCCUCAACUUCAUUACGAGUCAAAGUUGUAUAUUCAUCUCCAAGGAGGAACUGGAAUUCCCCAUCUAAAGUGGUUUGGUGUGGAAGGAGAAUACAAUGUCAUGGUCAUUGAUCUUCUUGGGCCUAGCCUUGAAGACUUGUUCAACUACUGUAACCGGAGGUUUUCACUGAAAUCAGUGCUAAUGCUUGCUGAUCAAUUAAUUAACCGAGUUGAGUAUAUGCACUCAAAGGGGUUUCUGCACCGUGAUAUAAAGCCAGAUAACUUUCUUAUGGGCCUUGGUCGUAAAGCAAAUCAGGUUUAUAUCAUUGACUAUGGCCUUGCAAAGAAAUAUAGGGAUCUUCAAACUCAUAAGCACAUACCGUACAGGGAGAAUAAGAACCUAACGGGAACAGCACGUUAUGCAAGUGUUAAUACACAUCUUGGGGUUGAGCAAAGCCGACGAGAUGAUUUAGAAUCUCUUGGCUAUGUUCUUAUGUAUUUUUUAAGAGGAAGCCUUCCUUGGCAAGGGCUUAAAGCUGGCAAUAAAAAGCAGAAGUAUGAUAGAAUUAGUGAAAAGAAAAUGCUUACUCCCGUAGAGGCACUUUGCAAGUCAUAUCCAUCAGAAUUUGUAUCAUACUUCCAUUACUGUCGAUCAUUGCGAUUUGAGGACAAGCCAGAUUAUUCAUACUUGAAGAGACUUUUCCGUGACCUAUUUAUUCGAGAAGGGUAUCAGUUUGACUAUGUUUUUGACUGGACCAUAUUGAAGUAUCCUCAAAUUGUUGCUAAUCCUCGAGUACGACAAUCGAGUGAUAGAAUAAGUGGAGCUAUUGGUCCGUCUUUUGGUAGGUCAGAAAGAACUUCAGAGAUUCGCGAUAGAUUCUCAGGUGCAGUUGAAGCAUUUGCCAGGAGAAAUGCAUCAGGUUCUGGCCAUCAUGGUGACCAUUCCAAGCACAAAAGUCCUGACAAUGCACUUAUAUCAUCCAACAAAACUGUUGAUUCAGAUAACAGCCGUCCGACAUCUCACCAUGGGAGUACAUCAAAGAGAGCUGUCUUGUCAAGCAGCAGGCAAGGCUCUACCGAACAUAGUGAGCCUCGGCCUAGCAGAACAAGCAGAAUAUUAUCCAGCAGCAGCCAGCCAGCCAGUGGUCAAAGAGUUAAGCAGCCUGUGGUAGAUUCUAGGUCAUCAUCCAUCUCCAGAGCUGCAGUUAGAGGAACCCAUAGUGAAUCCCUUCUUCGGAGUCUCGAUCUCCUCUCUCUUGGUGCUGAGAAAAGGAAGUAAAGGAAAAAGCUAGAGAUGCUGCUGGUCUUGGAGGGAUAAAGUGUUGCUUAAACCCUCCUCAACUAUCAUUUCCUACGUUCAUGAUGCAGUGUCCAUAUUAUCUUUUGUUUGAUGGCCAUAAGAUGUAAUAUAAAGCCAAACCUUCCAAUUGAGACAUUCAAUAAUCAUAUCAAAUCUCUGUGAUACCUGCUUUGGGCAAUAGACAGCCCCAGAGCAAGUCAGUUGUUUGUUGGUUCCUCGAGAAGAUCACACAUUCAUUCAUCUGAGACAUUAGAAAUCAACUUCAGUCUCUCUUUCAUGUUGUGAUCACACAAUAUUCCUGUCUCCUCUCUGUUACAUUCUGUACUUGAAGGUUAAAGCAACGAGGGGCAACUGUUAUAUCACCCCUUUCUUCAUCA